AUUUAUUUUUUUUAGCAAACAAUGGCUUGCGACACUCUUAUUUGGGGGUUGUUGCUCUUGGGAUGUAGCAUACAGGCAUUAUGGGCUAUAUCCGAAGACGAUCCCUUAGAAUACAUGAGCAAGGAGGAGAGAGAAGCUUUAAAAGAAGAAGCAAGAGAUAUGUUUUAUCAUGCAUACAAUGCGUACAUGGAUAAUGCAUAUCCUGCUGACGAAUUGAUGCCAUUAAGCUGCAAAGGACGGUAUAGAGGAUCAGAGCCAAAUAGGGGUGAUAUAGAUUCUACAUUGGGAAAUUUUUCACUUACUUUGGUGGAUACACUAGAUACAUUAGUGGUAUUGGGAGAUUUGGAGGAAUUUGAGAAUGCGGUCAAACUUGUUGCUAGAGAUGUAAGCUUUGAUACAGAUGUUAUUGUUUCUCUGUUUGAAACAAAUAUUAGGAUGCUGGGAGGUCUUCUCAGUGGUCAUAUAUUAGCUGAAUACCUGCAACAGCGGGCCGAUAUAAUGCCAUGGUACAGAGGAGAGCUUCUAGACUUAGCUAAAGAUUUAGGAUACCGAUUUUUACCUGCAUUUAAUACAACUACCGGAAUACCUUAUGGCAGGAUCAAUCUGAAACAUGGUAUGAGAGGAGUUCCUAUGGAAGUAUCAAGAGAGACUUGCACCGCCUGCGCGGGUAGCAUGAUAUUGGAAAUGGCUGCUCUGUCGCGGUUAACAGGAGAGUCGAUUUUUGAGGAGAAAGCACAGAAAGCCAUGGACGUUCUAUGGCGAAUGAGGCAUCGCGGUACAGACCUGAUGGGAUCUGUACUAAAUGUAAAUUCUGGAGAUUGGGUACGAAGAGAUUCCGGGGUCGGUGCUGGCAUAGACUCUUACUACGAAUAUUGUCUCAAGGCAUACAUUUUACUCGGCGAUGAAAAAUACCUAGGACGUUUUAACAAGCAUUACCAAGCUGUAAUGAAGUACGUUAGUCAAGGACCCAUGUUGCUGGAUGUACAUAUGCAUAGACCGAACACGAACUCGAAAAAUUUUAUGGAUGCUUUAUUGGCCUUUUGGCCAGGUCUGCAGGUCCUCAAAGGCGACAUCAAACCCGCUGUAGAAACACACGAAAUGUUGUAUCAAGUUAUGCAAAGACACAACUUCAUACCGGAAGCGUUCACCACCGAUUUUCAGGUGCAUUGGGGACACCAUCCAUUGAGACCCGAGUUCUUAGAGUCAACCUAUUUCCUAUACCGAGCCACAGGCGAUCAUUAUUACUUGGGAGUCGGACGUAAGGUACUCAAGAGUCUGCAAACGUAUGCGAGAGUGCCGUGCGGUUACGCGGCCGUGUCAGACGUUAGAACUAACAAGCACGAUGAUACAAUGGACAGCUUUGUAUUAUCUGAGACCUUUAAAUACUUAUUUCUGUUAUUCACGGAACCAGGAGAACUCGUUUUAGAUUUGGAUGAAUUCAUCUUUACCACUGAGGGUCACUUACUGCCGCUCACACUUGCUUCCAUAAGGACAAAUAUAUCGUCUCAGGAUUUCGAGCGGGAUAUCGUGCACGUGGAUGAAUUCGACCGUACUUGUCCGAAUAGCUUGCACUUGUUUCCCGCUUCCGUGAGACAACCUUUGCGAAAUAUGGUCGAGGAUGUCUGCCCGAGACGGUCGCUCAAGCGAAGAUUGAGCGCAUCGCAAUUUCAGGCCAAUAACUUGGAGCAUCUGAAAAUGUUGAGUGAUAUGGGAAUAACAACUCUAACGCUAGCGGACGGGCGGGUUCAACUUUUGCACACAUUUUCUAAUGCAAAGACACCGCAAGACUCGGAGGAGGGAUUACUGUUCAUGCAGGAGAUGGUCGAACUGAGUAAAAUGCAAACGCAACAGCCAGAAACUAAGCCGCAGACGGUGACAUUCGUGAAACCCAAGACGGAUCCACCGGAGAAAAUUACGCUGUUAGCUGGACCGGCCCAGUUCGGCCCUGAAUUGCAGAGUUUCGAUAAGAUCACGGGAAAAGUGAUAUUCACCUAUCCGCCUGCAGCUUGCACCGAUUUGCUCAACGCGGACAAAUUAACGGGAAAAAUAGUAAUUAUGGAUCGCGGAAAUUGUAUGUUCAUAGAAAAGGCGCGAAGAAUUCAACAGGCUGGUGCACUUGCUGGAAUAGUGUUGGAUAAUGUUGCUGGUUCGAGCGCAGCGACUUCGCCUAUGUUCGCGAUGUCCGGUGACGGAAAAGAGGUGGAUGACGUCACGAUACCUGUCGUGUUUCUAUUUUUCACGGAGGCAGCUGAGCUAAUGAAGGCCAUUAAUGCGGCGAAUGGCGAUCUCACAGUUACACUUGGAAUAUAUUCUUCGAAAGAAGAAGUUCAACUUAAAGCACCUACGGAUUUGUCGUUGUUCGAACGUCUGAAAGGCUCGUUGAAAUCAUUUCUUAGCCGGCAUGUGACACCACAGGCGACAACCACAGGAUCCAGUCUGGAUAUUACGAUUCCUGUGGUCGAAUCGCAAGAGUAUCAAGAAGACACUAUCGACUUCCAUUAUUUCCAUGCGGAAAUUAUUAAAGAUUCACUUGGUGGUGAAGUAAAGAUUACCGCGCCGUCCGAGGAUGCAAUUAUCAUCUUAAGACCAGUUUCUACACCGGUAGAGAUCUUGUGGUAUCAAUUAAAAGAAGUGUUUGUCAAUCAGAUAUUCUUGAACAGCAAGCAAAAUAAGGGUAUACGAAUUAGGAGUUUCAUCUUGGAAAGCUAUUACAACUGGGUGAAUAAGGCACGUGGUGUGUUAACCAAAACGUCGUUGGCUUACAAAGUUCGAUGGUUUUUGAGCGAAUUAUUAGUGGUCGCACCAAAUUCGUCUAUUAGGAAGAUGGGACAAUUGCUGGAACCGACGAAACAGAAACUGUUGAAACAAUAUCUGCUUACAAAUAUGGACACUAUGGUGCUAAAUUUAAAGACUGUGGCUACGAAAUUGAAAAACAUGAAGUCGGUAAGACCUGAUAUGGAGCAGUUGCUCAAAAUUUCGGAGUCCGGCAUCGCACAGGUGGAAAAUUACUCGUUUUUACGUCACUUGCUGGCGGAUUUGUUCGACGAGGAAGACGAAAUCGUUAGUCAACACAUCGCCCUUCUGGAUCACAUUCACGCGGAGGUACAUACUACAUAUCAAGAAAUAUUAAUCGAUGGAGUGCAAAAGCAUCUGGAGAAAUCGGGAGAAGAAGACAGUUCGUAUUACGACAUAUUGAUUGCCGAUCUGCAAAAGAACUUGAAGAAUGUGGAUAAAGGAGAAAAUUUACUCGGGAAAACCAAAGAGGACGACUUGGCGGUUGCGGAAUUCAUAAGCGACAGUACUGGCGGCAAAUCGGAGCUUAAAGGUAGAAAUAUCAGGGUCUUAGAUGAAAAUAUGAAGAUUCUAAAGAAAGGCAAAGAAUUAGACACCGAAAAACUCGAGGACUUUGAAUAUUUUAUACUAACGGAAAUAGGGAAAGCAGCAAAACAUUCCGCGCAAAAUAUCCUGCACAAGUAUGAAGGUACGAGCGAUGUGUCGAAAAAUGUUAUCGCUGAAGAUAAGAAAGGAAAAAAUCCCGAUAAGAGUGAAAUCACCUUGCACUCCCCUCAAAAUCAAAGUAAUCAAGAAGAUAAGAAGACUAAGACCCAAAGUUCCCUCAAGGAAGAGAUAGAUUACUCGCGAACAGCGAAAUCAGCAGACGUAAAACUUGAAGAAACAGUUGUUAGAGAUGAGAAGAAAGAAAAAUCGACGGAUUCUUCAGUGGAUAUGAACGCCUCUAACGCAAGGACAACUUCUGCCGACGAAAGACACGCGUUAUUGCAGGAAAUUCGGAAGGAUAUCAGUGACACGCAGAAUAAACAGAAAUCUGAUUCCAAGGCAAAACUGUCUAAGCAGAAAAAUGUAGCUGAAAGUAAAAUCGUACCUACUGAUCUGUUAGAAGAAUUUAAAAUAUGGGCUGCCAUAUGGGCUGCCAAUGAGGAGAAAGACUUCACGGAAUUUCGUAAAGACUCACAAGUUUCAGAACCGCAAUAUAGUGCCGUAGAAUCGAGUGAAUUAAAAUACGAAAAAAAACAUAUAAAUAUAGACAAAGAUAAGGAAGUUAAACCAAAAACCCACACAGCCAAACAUAUCGACGAUGAAUUAUAACAAUAGCUUUUGAAAUUUAGGUCAAAUUAUAAUUAUUAUGCAGAGACAGAAAAUCGAUUUCCAACGGCCAUAAGGCUAUCUGCACCGCAACUGAUAUUUUUGCACUGUGAUCCAGAUGUGUGUGCAGUGAACUUUAAUGACUUUUAUAUAUACAGAAUAUCCUAGGAAAAUAUUCCAGUUAUUUGAUAAAGCUCACUUUAGAUGAUGUGCAAUUCGCGACUGUUAUCGGGGAUGAUAUUCCACUUGAAACAAAACACAAAAUAUCAGAAUUAGAUUUGCAGAUGUACGCAAGUACAUUUGUAAAACUUAAAACGUUUUGCUAUAUGACACAUGAGAUUCUCUCAUAUCGUGAAUUAUUAAUAAUUUAAAGCGGGCUUUAAAAGAGAAACAAAAAUUAAGGUCGUCAAAUUGCAACGACACUAUACAUUGUAACUCUAUAGGAGAAUUUCCUGGAUUCUACACUGGUGCUUAUGAGAAAAUUUGUUAUUCCAGAAAAAACGGUGAUGUUACUAUGAAAUGUAUAAUAGGUACUAUGGACGUAGCCUGUACAACACAUGUGUGUUAAAGUGGUUGUGAAGAUAUAUUCUGAACAGGGCUCUAAACACUGAUGUACAUUUCGUGUAUUGUAGUAUGAUCUGUAUGUUAAAGUAUAUGAUAACGGCAUAUUAUUUCUUCCACAGAAGCAGAUUUAUGUUUCGAUGAGAGUCUAUUCUUUGACUUCUAUGUAUUAUAUCAUUGUAUUAUAUGACUGUAAAUGUACGAAAAGAGAAAAGCGUUAAUAUUCUGUGAUGUAUGAGCUCAUAACAUCACGAGUCAAAAUAGACACAUUGUUAUUAUUCUUCUUUUGACGUUUUGUACCAUUUUACUCCAAAGAUGUGCCAUUAUUAACGAUAAUAUAUGUUUAUCUUGCAAUGCAAUUUAAAAUAACAUUUAGUGUACAGAUACGUUCAAAGCAGUUUUCAAUCUAUUGUGGAGGGUUAGACAUUAAUUUUCGUUACUCGAUUUGUUAAACAUUAAUUUAUGAGACUUUCUGCCACCUGCAUAUCGUCUUACAUAAGAUAAACGAUUCUAAUUUAUGCCGAAUUACGCAAUAAGUUUUGUACGAGGCGUUUUUCCCCCGAAUUUUAAAUUAAACGGUAUUCAAGUCCACAUUCGGUAUGGUAUUAAACGAUAAACGAUGAUAUGUUAAAUAUAAAAUAAUGUAACUA